CCCCGCCACGAUCCAAGAAGGGAGGGGCGAGGGAGGAAAUCGAACUUGGCCUUGGAACAAAAGAACAAAGACAGCUCUGGUGCUACGCGACGUUUCAGCCAAGCCGUGCGGGAGUUUGGCCCGCAUUGGUCAUGCCCGUUGCAUGCUGGGUGCAGCAGUUCCUGUUACUUAGUUACGUCGACCCAAGAUGACGGGACACACGUUGUACGUUCAGAUCGGUUCCAGGUGUCGCUGCUGCUGUGAGCUGCCCACCAUGCCGACUGCUUUAACCUUUAGCCAUGUGCGAGCAGCGCUAAGGACUGCUGCGAACACAAACUGAAGCCUUACUUUUGCUCACCGGCUGCGCUCUUGCUGAGGCUCGGGCUGCAAGUGGACUGACCUGAUUAACUGCUUCAUCCCGCUGGGAAAGUUGAGGAAGGCCCUGGGAUCCCGAGGACGUGGGUCCAAGCCGAGGUUUUCUAGGCACGACUGACCUGUCCCAGCCAGCGAAGGAAGAAGCCUGGACUGCCCUGGGAGCUGCCGCUGCACAAUCCCCAUUGCACUAACAUCUGGGCUUUAGCCCCCAAGGCAGGUGGUAGUAGAGUCACCUGGUUCAAGCUCCGGGUGGCAUCAGCUGACCAUCACAGGUCCCUGGGCAGUGUGAGAUGGGACGGACAUCAAAGGACAAGCGAGAUGUCUACUACCGCCUGGCCAAGGAGAAUGGCUGGCGUGCCCGCAGUGCCUUCAAACUGCUACAGCUAGAUGAGGAAUUCCACCUCUUUGCAGGUGUGACACGAGCUGUUGACCUCUGUGCAGCUCCAGGCAGCUGGAGCCAGGUGCUGAGCCAGAAGAUUGGAAGCCAAGAGCCUGGCCGAGUGGUGGCUGUGGACCUGCAGACGAUGGCUCCACUCCCGGGUGUGAUCCAGAUCCAGGGGGACAUCACCCAGCUGUCCACUGCCCAGGAGAUCAUCCAGCACUUUGAGGGCUGCCCUGCAGACCUGGUGGUGUGUGACGGGGCUCCUGAUGUCACUGGCCUCCAUGAUGUCGAUGAGUACAUGCAGGCCCAGCUCCUCCUAGCAGCUCUGAAUAUUGCCACACAUGUCCUAAAGCCGGGAGGCUGCCUGGUGGCCAAGAUAUUCCGAGGCCGGGAUGUGACACUAGUGUACAGUCAGCUACGCAUCUUCUUCUCCAGCGUGCUCUGUGCCAAGCCCAGGAGCAGUCGGAACUCCAGCAUCGAGGCGUUUGCUGUCUGUCAAGGUUAUGACCCUCCUGAGGGCUUCAAGCCAGACUUGAGCAAGCCCCUGCUGGACCAUGCCUACGACCCAGAUUUCAACCAAUUGGAUGGACCUACCCGCAUCAUUGUGCCUUUUGUGACUUGUGGGGACCUGAGCGCCUAUGAUUCAGACCGGAGUUACCCACUGCACCUACAGGAUGGCUCCGAGUACAAGUACACACCCCCCACCCAGCCCCCUAUCUCACCCCCAUACAAGGAGGCCUGCACGUUGAAGAAGAAGGGACAGCUGGCCAAGGAGAUUCGCUCUCAGGAUUGCCCAAUCAGCAGAGUGGACACUUUGGCCCAGCCCCUGGCCACUCCUCAGCGCCAUACCCUGCUUGCUCCUGAGGUAGAAGAGAAUGGAAUUGAAAUGAAUUGUUCAUGUUAAGGAACAGAUGAAUACUUUUUAAGAAAGAUAAGAAUGGCCAGUAAGCUGUGAAAAAGCUGCUCAAAGGGAAAUACAAGCUAAAAUCAAGUGGUUGGAACGAUGUGUAGCCAUUAGAAUCCUCUUACUCACUGCUACAAGUGUAAAGAUAUGGCCAGUGCGCAGGCUGUUGAAUGUUACCUCUUAGAGCUGUAUGUAUGCCCAUUCAUUCCUGAGAAACAGGCUACAAGGCUCCUAAGCAACGCUGUCUGUGUCCUAUGAAAUGCCAGAGGAUGCUAGAAUGUUCUGAGUAAUACUGUAUGUAUCCCCGUGAAAUCAUAGUAUGUGUCGAGACUACACCACAGGGCCAAUGAACACCUACCUUAUGGGUAGAAUAACACCUUGGCAUCUUUGCUCAUUAAACUGAACACAUUUCAUGCAUUUCUCUUUCUACUACAUAGGAGAGAGGGCUACAAAACUGUUGGCAAUUCGGUGAACAAAAUUAUUACAGUGAAAGCAAAUGGGCAUGUAUAUUUUUGUGGUUUAUUACUGUUUCUUUCCCCUUCAGGUAAAAAUGAACAAGCUGCCUAAUAUCAGGGAUGCCAGAACUUGAGUUGAACCUAUUUUCAAUAUCAUGUCAGCCAUGGGGCCUAAACAGACAAGCCAUGUCAUUGGAAUCUGCAAGAGCCACCACAGAGACAGCAAGGAACGAACCAGAAUGUGAGGCGAUGAAUUCUUGACUGAGGUCCUACCUCUUCUCUAAGCCUCUCCCAGGGGUGUCCUAAUUAUUUCCACAAUUUCCCCCAUGGAACCUGAGGGUGUUCACUUGCAUAGAAAUCAGGUUAUCUAUAUAUUCAUGCCACGUAAUUUCAUGAAUAACUGAACUUGAACUUGAUUCCCAGUACUGAAUACUGGCAACAAACCACAAUAGAAAACACUGUACCUAUGAUUUUCUUAUGGAUGCAAAAAUACCCUUUUUAAUGUAAAUUACAGUUGGAGGCAUAUGGCAAUAUUGUUUCUAUUUGUCACCACUGUGAAUGAUAGCAGAUUUUUUAAAUCCACUGUUUUGAUUAAAAAGCCCCAAAUGUUACCACACCCCAAAUUUUUUUCAAUUUUAUAUAUAGCAAUAAUUAAAUUUCAGUGUACUGGAAUCCCAUUUUAAUAUGGACGGGUUCUUCAAGAAGUUCAUGGAAAGUAGAAUUGGAAAUAAGUUUCUUUGAGCAAGACAUUUUUGAGAUUUGUGCAUAAGUGAGGAGUCUUCCCCAAAGUUUGUCUGAAAUGCAUUUUAUGGGAAAACUGCACAGAUUUCAAUCUGUAGCAAAAAUAAACUUAAUUCCAUCUUUUCAGGACUUUUAAAAACACCCUGAUCUUUGUGUAUCUGAGUACUCAUGUGGAGAAUGUGCAUUUAGCCUGGGGAUUGAGACAGCCCACACCCUUGAUCUGAAGCACCCAGGUUCAUUUCCAGCUCCUGAUUUUAACAUCUUGUCAGUACAGACCCCAGGAGGCACCAAGGAUGUUGGCUCAAAUAAUGAGUUCCUGCCACUUGUGUGGGAGCCCUGGAAUAAGUUUCUAGCUUCCGGCUUUGGCCCCAACUGUUGUAGACAUUUGAGUGAGUUAGUGAAUGGGAGUUCUCUGUCUCAAUAAAAAGUAAAAUUUUGUUUUGUUA